GCGUCGGGUCUACCAUAAGAAAGGGGCUGGAAUCAGAAAGAGCGCACCCCUUUAAAACCGAAUACACACCCAUUUAAUUAACUACGCUGUCUGCAUCAUUUCGCCUGGCUUUUUGUCUUUUAUUUUCAUCCCACACGUUUGGAGGCGACAAUACACCUUUUUGCUUGUAGUUCUCCAUAAAACCCAAAGAAGAAGACUUCGCCUGGCUGGUUGUCUGUCUCUGGCGGUGGCUGUAUGGUUUGUGGUGUGUUUAGGUCUGACGGUGGUGUUUACAAUACCACACUCCGAAUGCGAUGGGAAUGCUGAAGAAAUGGCUUUAAAACAAAUCAUUCUCACGUUACUGGUCCUGUUCGGGUUAGUAACCAUCGGUGAUGCCCUGCGGUGUAACUGCACCAACUGUGCAAAGUCUGGUUAUGAGUGUGAGACGGACGGGGCGUGCAUGGCCUCCACCUCCUUCAUCCAGGGGCAUGAGCAGCAUGUAAGGAUCUGUAUUACCAGAGACAGCCUUGUGCCCCCUGGCCAACCUUUCUACUGUCUGAGUGCUGAGGGACUUCUCAACACACACUGCUGCUACACUGACUACUGCAACAGCGUUGACCUCAAGGUCCCCUCGCUUCCAGUGAGCUCUGGUGGCCCCUGGGGGCCAGUGGAGCUUGUGGCUGUGAUCGCAGGGCCAGUCUUCCUUCUGUGCAUGCUGCUGCUGGUGGGAGUGUUCCUGUUCCAACACCACCAAAGGGCCUACAGCCACAGGCAGAGGCUGGAGGUGGAGGACCCCUCCUGUGAACACCUCUACCUGGCCAAGGACAAGACCCUGCAGGAUCUCAUCUACGACAUGUCCACCUCCGGGUCUGGUUCUGGCCUGCCCCUGUUUGUGCAGCGUACCGUAGCCAGGACCAUUGUUUUGCAGGAGAUCAUAGGGAAAGGCCGCUUUGGAGAGGUGUGGCGGGGGAAGUGGCGUGGAGGAGACGUGGCAGUGAAGAUCUUCUCUUCCCGGGAGGAGCGGUCGUGGUUCAGAGAGGCUGAGAUCUACCAGACCGUCAUGCUGCGACACGAGAACAUUCUGGGAUUCAUUGCCGCCGACAAUAAAGAUAACGGAACAUGGACUCAGCUGUGGCUGGUGUCAGACUACCACGAGCACGGCUCUCUGUUUGACUACCUGAACCACUACUCUGUGACCAUCGAAGGCAUGAUCAAACUGUCCCUGUCUGCUGCCAGCGGCCUGGCUCACCUGCACAUGGAGAUACUUGGAACGCAGGGCAAACCUGGCAUCGCCCACCGUGAUCUGAAGUCUAAGAACAUUCUGGUGAAGAAGAAUGGCAUGUGUGCCAUUGCUGACCUGGGGCUGGCAGUACGCCAUGAGUCAAUCUCUGAUACUAUAGACAUCGCCCCUAACCAGCGCGUUGGCACCAAGAGGUAUAUGGCUCCAGAGGUCCUGGAAGAGACCAUCAACAUGAAACACUUUGACUCAUUUAAGUGCGCUGAUAUCUACGCCCUGGGGCUGGUUUACUGGGAGAUCGCACGCCGCUGCAACACUGGAGGUAUCCAUGAAGAAUACCAGCUCCCCUACUUUGACCUGGUGCCCUCUGACCCUUCCAUAGAUGAGAUGAGGAAAGUGGUGUGUGACCAGAGGCUGAGGCCUAACGUACCCAACUGGUGGCAGAGCUACGAGUUGGUUGACCGAACCCUCUCACUCUUCUCCAGUCUCUGCGUGUGAUGGGUAAGAUCAUGAGGGAGUGCUGGUACUCUAACGGCGCAGCCCGCCUCACAGCUCUACGCAUCAAGAAGACCCUGGCUCAGCUCAGUGUCGAAGAGGACAUCAAGAUGUAAGCUCAGUGUGGGACGGACGGCAGAGCCAUGUAGCUCGCUGGAGACUCACAACUACAGACGACAUGAAAUGUGUCCCAAAGGGCACCCUAUUCCCAGUGUAGUGCACUACUUUUGACCAGGGCCUAUAGAGCUCUCGUCAAAAGUAGUGCACUAUAUAUGCACUAGAGUGCCAUUUGGGACUAGACUACAGAGAGAGGACUGACACUACACAGGGAAAGAAAGGACAGACCAAAUCCUGCCAGUUUAAAAGCCACUCCAAGUUGUGACAAGGCCUACCUCAACUUUUUAUCCAAAACUACUGAGAAAUGCCCUUCUGCCCCUCUUCCUCCCUUUGUUCUCCUUCACCAUGUUAUCCCACCCUCCUCUCCUUCCCAUUUCACCUCACUACCGCUGUUAAUACUACCAUUAUUAUCAGUACAAACUGCCCUGUUCAGUUUGUUUUGUGUUCUGAGGCAGGAAUUAUUACUAUUGUACAGUGACAGGAAAAAAAAAGAAUGUUUUUAUCUUAAAAACAAGAGUUCCCUUCAACGGACUAGCUACAUCCUGAAAACUCAUUGAUGUGACUUCAUGCCCACAUUUUUAAGUUCAGAGUAUUGUGUUAUAACUUGUUUGUUUUCAUGGCAAUGUAUUGCUUUUGCAUGUGGGAGAGUAGCACAAGCACUGUUUUUGUCCUCCAGCCCCACCGUCUGUACAGGAUGAAACCAACCUACCAUAUAAGGCAGGAAAGUCACUUCUCUAGGCAUGUCCCAAUAUACAUCAGCAGAGUAGACUGCAGCUAUUCUAAUACUGUUUUCAGAAGCCUGGAAAAAACUACAGGCUAUUGGACAUUUCACAUUUGUCAUUUAACAUUGUGUUUUUAUUUAAAGCGAUGUAGUGUGCAUUCUGCUACUUGAAUAAUCCACAAAAAACAUGUUGCACUCCAAGUCUGUGACUCACUCCUCCUUAUACGUGACUCCUAUAUGGAUCUAAUUUUACAUUUGGUCCAGUUUUUUAUUUAAUUUAAAUGUUUUAAAUCUGGCAGGGAUGUUUAAGGGUUUUAUUUAUUUGUUAAUAGUUGUAUUAUUUCAUAUUUUGAUGAAUACACUGUGAUUUUUGAUGUGAUGAGGAAGCCAGUGUCUCAGCCAGUCAGAUGAUUUAUAACAUUUUUAAUUCUGCAUUUGUGAUAAGUUAGAGGUUGGAGCUACCCCAGUUAACUACUGGCUUUCACAUGUUCAUUCUAACAAAAUGGACUCCUUUCACCUGGGGGUAGUGCUAGUGGCCAAUACACUGAGCAAUGAAAAUCCUGUUUUAUUAUAGACACUACUGAUGGAUCUGUUUUGAUUUGUAUAUAAACAUCUUUUAUCUCA